CACCAACCAUUCCGUGUUCUUGAAAAAAAAAAGAAACACACCAACCAUUCCCCCUCCUCUAUCGCACGCAACCCCAGAUGCGAUCUCCCUUGCGGCUCUCCCCCAUCCCCGCCGUCGCCGUCGCCGGUGCCCGGCCGGCUCCUUCCUUCCUCGCCGCCGCACCCAGCCACUCCUCCCACUCCCCGCCCCCUCGCCGCCGCUUUCUUCUGCGUUGGAGACUUUGCAGCCCCAUGCCCGAGUCCAAGAUGCAAACUUUAUCCCCUCCUCCGGCACGGCGCCGGCCUUCCUCCCCGCCGCACGCGUAGCCCCUCUCCUCUUCCUUGCCUCCCCGCCCCCGCUUCCGCCGAUGGCCCCUUAGCAUCACCGCGGAUCCAGCUUUCCCCCCCUCCCCCGGGCCGGCGCCGACGCUGGCGACGGCGGCUCCAGCCGUCCUCUCCAGCGCACACCUAGCCGCUCCUACUCCUUCUCCUCCCCGCCACCGCUUCCGCCGAUGACGUCCCCAAGUCCGCCGCCGCAGCCUACACGCGCCGGAGAUCCACAGCUACGAGACUGGUUGGAUCUAUCACUUAAUGAUGCUGCGCCAUCUUCUCUGCUCAUACUUUCAAGAGCUUUUACCCUGGCUGGGAGAAUGAAACCCGUGGAUGCUGUUGUAGCAACAGUGUCUUCUUUGCCAGAUGAAGUUGUGGAUACAAUUGGGACAAUAUUGCCAUCUGAAGAUUCAGUUUCUCAGAGGAGGAGGAAACUGGAAUUCCUUGAGAUGCAGGAAGAACUUAUCAAGGUGUGUAACAGAUAGAUUGUAGUAUUGUUUUUUUUAUAUAUAGGUUAUCCAUACUGAAAAAUUGCAUAAGUACGCAAUUUAUCUGUUACAUCGUUUGUCAAUGCAACCAUGAUACUUGGCAUAAGUACGAAACCCACACAGGUAGCACGUGUGGUAAGCUAACACAUGAAUGCUCUCUUUGAGCCCGUGCUUAAUAUUUGUAUUCUUAGCGGCGGGCAUGUACUGUCUCCUUAUUUUAUUAGAUUGUUUGUCUCUUGUUAAUUCAGAAACUCAUUUAUCUGAUGUGCCUUUUUUUGACACCCCAUGGUAACAUAUGUACUCUGCGUUGCCUCAGAUUUUGAAAUGUGUUUAAUAUCC